AUGUGCGCCGUUAUACCGCUCCUUACGGCCACUCUGUUCUUGCUUGCCGUCCGCGCCGCCAAUACCUGCUACUACCCUGAUGGUAGCGUCGCCGACAAGGACAUCCCGUGCAGCUCCUCCAGCUCAGGCGCCGCCUGUUGCCCCCAAGGCUGGCAGUGUCUUGACGAUGGCAUCUGCCACUUCGAUGAAGAGGACUGGAUCACCCGCUACACUUGCACAGAUCGAUCCUGGGAUUCCGCCGCCUGUCCCCAGUAUUGCCUUGGCGGCACCCCGAACGGCACCGAUGUGGGCAAUGUCGCUCUGCUUGAGUGCAGCGACAACCAGUACUGUUGCAACGGUGACAGAAGCGGGGCCACCAAAUAA